AAAGAGAAAGAUAUUUUUCCUUUUUAUUUUUCUCACCUCUUUUAUAAAAGUUGACCGGUUCAAACCAGCGGCUUUGUGUACAUUUUUAACUAUAACGAAACACACACUGCAAACCGUGCCUGCUUGACAUUUUUCCCGCAACCAUAGCAAAAAUUUAAGAACGCCACAGCAACAAAACGACUUUUUUCGCAAAUUUUUUUUUUAUUUUAUAAAAAAACGCAAAUACCCUUCACGCGUUCCGUCUUUACUAUAACCCUUUUUGAAAUAUACUCUCUUUGAAACAAUGGGAGGAGUUACUAUUGCACACCAACAUGAAAUCGCAACCGACGAAAGUUUUGCUAGCAGUUACCCUGCUAAUAUGAACUCCACCAAUAAUGUGGAUCAAGAACAAUUUAAUCAGUUAUUAGCCACCUCUGGUCAGUGGCCUACAAAUGAUUUGCCCGUUGAAGACUUAACGGGUGAAGUGCAAGAUUUAAUGAUGAGAGAAUCAAUGAAUUCAUGGCUUCAACCUUGGAUGGGUGAAAAUGCUGCCUGUCUCACCGAUUUUGAUACUCAAAUGUAUGCUCAAUCUAUUCAGCUCGAGGAUUUGUUUGGUCAAGAUCAACUCAACUUUACUCAAGAUAUGACACAAUCCUCUUUCUAUGAUGAGCUUACUUUUGCUCACGAGGAAUCUUCUCUUGAUACUAGCGCACCUACUUCUUCAGCUUCCUCUCCAUCUGAUAGUAGUGCACACAUCAGUCCUAUUGUUCAACCCGUUACAGAUAUUAUGAUUGACACAUUGGAUGAGGAAAGUGUAGGCGAAUUAGAAGAAGUCAACGUCGUGCUUCAAGUCGAUUCUCCCAUGCCUACUGUCGCUACCGCUAACGUUGCUGAUAUUGCUACUGACAUUCCUCAAGAACGAGUUGUCGAAAAUGUUUUGAAGCGUAGAAGAGGAUCCAGCAGCUCCGAAGAGUCCAGUGAUGGCUCCUCUUCUUCAGAGGAAGAAUCCGACUCUGAAGAUGAAAAUGAGAUUAUUCCUACCACCGUAGCCAACAUGAACAGCCGUCGUAGAGCAAGUUAUUCUUCAUCCGAUGAUUCAGAAUCGGAUGCAGAACCUAUCCAUCACCAUCACCGUUCUCGUGCUUCUUCACCCUCUGCUGGUCCUUACAUGUACAUGCAUAAACGUCAGAUUGAGGAAACCUUGUUGGAUCGUAUCACCAACCAGUUGAACCCCGAAAAGUUGCCUGGUAUUUUACCUAUUUUAUCAUCUGAAAAGGCUAGUAACCAACAGGAGGACGAAGUUGAAAUUGAUUUAUCGUGUCUGGCACGCGAACAAUUGGUUCAAGUCUUGUCUUAUGUCGAUGCUUGCAUUUUGGAACAAAAUGGUGGUCCCGCUGUCAAUGUCGAUAAUUACAUUACUAAGAAACCUGCCAAGAAAGGUCCUCGUACACGUCCCGCUUUGAACCAUUCUGUUACGGCCACUCCAGCUGCUGUCGUUAUGGAAGAACCAAAACGUCGUCCUGCCAAACAGAGAAGUCGUAAACCUUGUAAACCUACGCGUACUAAAUCACGUGCUGAAUUGACAGAAGAUAUUGAUGCUGAUUCAUCCUCCUCUGAAUCUGCCAAUGAAACCAUCUCCAGCUCUAAAUCUGCCUUUGUGAAUGGCCCCAUGUCUAUGGCCUCACUUUCAAAGAACACUUCCACAGCGUUACCAUCAUCAACGAAAUUGAAAAACGGCCGUCAUAAUAUUAGCCACAGUACAAUGGCUAGCAGCAAAAAAUCCAGUAGCCACCAUAGUAGCAAUACCAGCAAAGCAUGCAAGAAACAAAACCGUCGUAAAGCAGAUGACGAUGCAAUGGUAGCUUCUUCUAUCCAUGUGUUUCCUGAUCCCGAUAGCAUUGCUUCUUCAAGACCCAAGCGACGUGCAGCCAUCCACAAGCGUCGUUUACUGGAAGAAAUGCUUGCACCUUCAGACAAUGAAGCUGAUGAAGAUAGUGAAGAUAGUGUGCUAGUUGUCUAUAGUGAUGAACAAAUGGAUCUCCAAGUGGUGGAUAAUCGUACGAUUAUGCAUCAAGUGCCUGUGCCAGUACAAUUAAUAUCCACACAAACCGAAGUGGUGGCAAUAGCAACAGCAACCACAGAUACUGAAGACAGUGAAGAUACCGACGAAGACAUUGACAUUAUGUGUUAAGUCUUCAUCCCUUUUCACCUCAACCCUAUUAUAUAUAUAUACACAUCUUUUUUCAUACACACAUCUUUUUUCUUUCAUUUCACUCACAACUCUUUAAAAAAGCAAAUCCCCUUUUUUUAUUUUUGCAAACCAUGUAAUUUCUCUCUCUCCCCUUUCCUUGUAAAACAUUUUUAUUUUUUGACCUUUUUAUAGACAAACCCAUUCAUAUAUUUAGACUUCGC